AUGUCUUUGUCCCUGCUGGCGGGUGUGCGCCAGGUGUGGUUGCCUUAUGGAGCGCCGUGGCGAUGGUCCUGCUUCCGUAGCAUCGGCACGGCUCAGUGGGCGAGAAGCACCCAAAACUUUGCCUGUUCCUUUCCCUGUGACCUGAGGGAAACGCGUGAGAGGGGGCAGAAGCAGCGCUUUGCAGGGGGCGCGAUGCCGGAGACCUUUGGUGUGGCGGUGAUCUCGCAGCACGGGCACAGCCCGGGUCCCGUCUUGGAACUGAACCAGGUGAUUAUUCCCACUUAUGGAACUGUGCCAGACCAGCAAAACCUUCAUACUCCUGAAUGGGUGGAUUUUGACGAUAAGCCUGACUCCUUGUUCUUCAAAGAUGGGCAGCGAAGGAUUGACUUUGUUUUGGUGUAUGAAGAUGAAAGUAAAAAAAUGACUCAUAAGAGGAGUGAUCGUAAAAAGCAAAAGAGGAAGAGACAAGUAUAUGAAUCAAACCUGAUAAACAAUGGCUUGAAACUAGAAGCGACGAGGUCGGUUUUGGAUGAGAAACUUAUUUUUGUGAAAGUGCAUGCACCUUGGGAAGUGCUGUGCACGUACGCCGAGGUAAUGCACAUCAAAUUGCCCCUGCAACAGAAUGACCUGAAAACCCGAAAGUCAGCCUUCAACUGGUUCAGUAGACUCUUCAGGGUGGACGAAAAUAUCAUCAAACCUGAGCAAGAGUUUUUCACUGCCCCUUUUCAAAAGGAACAUUUGUCCAACUUCUACAUCCAAGACAAAGACACAUUUUUCAAUCCUGCAACUAGAAGCCGAAUUGUUCAUUUUAUCCUGUCCCGUGUGGAAUAUGCAACAAAAAAUAAUGUGAAAAAAUUUGGCAUUAACAAGUUACUGGACACUGGAAUCUACAAAGCAGCAUUUCCCCUUCAUGAUUCGAGUUUUAGGCACCUGUCGACUGAUCCCAGCUGCCCAAGUGAACGAUAUCUCCUCUACAGAGAAUGGGCUCAUCCUAAAAACAUUUUCAAACUGCAACCCCUGGAUUUCAUCAGGAAAUACUAUGGAGAGAAAAUUGGCAUCUACUUUGCUUGGCUGGGCUUUUACACAAAUAUGCUGACUGUGGCUGCAGUUGUAGGAGUUGGCUGUUUUCUGUAUGGAUGCCUGACAAAGGACAACUGCACAUGGAGCCAAGAAGUAUGUGACCCCAACAUAGGAGGUAAUAUCAUAAUGUGCCCUCAGUGUGAUCAGGCAUGUACCUACUGGAACCUCACCAUCACUUGUGAAUCAUCCAAGAAACUCUGUAUAUUUGAUAGCUAUGGAACACUGGUGUUUGCAGUAUUCAUGGGAAUAUGGGUUACCUUUUUUUUGGAGUUUUGGAAGCGACGGCAGGCUGAACUGGAGUACGAAUGGGACACAGUUGAGUACUUGGAGCAAGAAGAGCAAGUUCGCCCCGAAUACGAAGCUCGCUGCACUCACGUAGUGAUGAAUGAAAUCACACAGCAAGAAGAACAUGUGCCAUACACUGCAUGUGGGAAGUGCGUGCGGAUGACUUUCUGUACAAGUGCCAUCUUCUUCUGGAUCCUUUUGAUUAUUGCUUCAGUUGUUGGAAUCAUUGUCUACAGGCUCUCUGUUUUCCUGGUGUUCUCUGCGAAGCUGUCACAGCACAUCAGUGGAACGGAGGCGAUCCGCAAGUACCUGACUCCACAGACAGCCACGUCAAUAACCGCUUCCCUCAUCAGCUUUGUUGUCAUUAUGAUUCUCAACAUCAUCUAUGAAAAAGUGGCAAUCCUGAUCACUGACUUUGAACUUCCAAGGACACAGACUGAUUAUGAAAACAGUCUGACCACAAAGAUGUUCUUGUUUCAGUUUGUCAACUACUAUUCUUCAUGCUUCUACAUAGCUUUCUUUAAGGGUAAAUUCGUAGGUCACCCUGGAAGUCCAGUUUAUUGGCUAGGAAGGUAUCGCAAUGAAGAGUGUGAUCCAGGUGGAUGUCUCCUCGAGCUCACAACCCAGCUUGCCAUCAUAGUGGGAGGGAAAGCUAUCUGGAACAACAUCCAAGAAGUGCUUGUUCCUUUGAUCAAGAAUCUAAUUGGAAGAUAUUCUGCAGCUGCUAGAUCAGAAAAAGUUGUUCCACGUUGGGAACACGACUACCACCUCCAACCCAUUGGAAAACUUGGACUAUUUUAUGAGUAUCUUGAAAUGGUUAUACAGUUUGGCUUUGUGACCCUGUUUGUGGCAUCGUUCCCCCUGGCUCCUCUUCUGGCCCUUAUAAACAACAUGCUGGAAAUCCGGCUGGAUGCGUGGAAGCUGACAACGCAGUUCAGGCGCAUGGUUCCACAGAAGGCACAGGACAUUGGUGCCUGGCAGCCCAUCCUGCAGGGCAUAGCCAUUCUGGCCGUGGUCACCAAUGCUUUGAUCAUUGCUUUUACAUCUGACAUGAUUCCUCGUCUGGUUUAUUACUGGUCCUUUUCGGUCCCUCCUUACGGGAGUCACAGCACUCACACUAUGGAGGGGUAUAUAAACAGCACGCUUUCUGUCUUCAAUAUAGCAGACUUCAAGAAUGCAAGCAAGCCUUCUUCCCCUUGGUUUGGGAACCAAACAACAUGCAGAUACCGGGAUCUCCGCUACCCUCCCGGUCACCAGCACCAGUAUGAGCACAACAUAUACUACUGGCAUGUCAUUGCAGCCAAGCUGGCUUUCAUCAUUGUCAUGGAGCAUGUCAUAUACUUUGUGAAGUUUAUUAUUUCAUAUGUAAUUCCGGAUGUAUCAGAGAAGACCAAGAGCAAAGUCAAACGGGAGAAGUACCUCACACAGAAACUAUUACAUGAGAAUGAUCUCAAAGGUGUGAAAAAAACCAUGGGCAAAAUAGCCGAGAAAAUCAUCAAAGGAGCAGACAGCACUUUCCGACCUAAAGAUGAAUAAGUACUUUUUCAUAUGGAAUAACAGUACUUGGACGACUGAUAUCUGUCCAGAUAUUGCCAAUAGCUAUCAAGCACUUUGGAUUUACUAAACAUUGUUUCUUGCAGCUCUUACAUGCUCAUUUACCAGUUUUCCUUGGACAAAUGCAACCACUGCAACACAGAUAAGAGUUAUCUUUUUUUUUUAAACAGCUUUUUAGGACAUAUUUAAAAAAAAAAAAAAAAAGACAAAAAUUAUUUAUCCUUUUAAGAAGGUGCAGAUUAAUUCCCAAACACCUAAGCUGCUUUCUACUUUUCUUAAGCAUCAGCUAUUAGAUAACUAGACUAACUUGAAUAAGCCUUAAGAACAAGAAUGAUUUGCUAUAAGAAUAUCAUUGCAUCCAAUGAAGGAGUUUUGAUUGCUUGCUAAUGCAGACCUCAGCUAUAAAAUGAAGAGGAAAAGCAAAAACAUGAAGGAAAAAGAAAGAAAAUACAAGUCAAAAUCCAUGGGAAUUGGCAUACUAAGCGUGGUUGUUUGCUACUCUGAAUUAGCUAUGCAUACUGAGACUUAAAUGGAUAACAAGAUAUUUCAAUUAAUCAUGGACUUUGAUCACAAGAAGCAACAGGACUGUAAGCCCAUCCUGUUCAUCAAUCUCUGUGUAAACAGGAGGAUUGUCUUUGAAAUCAAUGCAUACAAACUGACCUUACAGCACGCCAAGUGAGUAGAAAACUCAGGCAUUUUAUCUUUUCCCAGUCAAUGUACUUUCAUUAGUUCACUCGCCCAUUCUGAGCUAAAUGCUCAUAGCCUUGAAGGUCUCCUACUUGUAAAAGCAAUAAGUGUUAAAAGUCUUUUCACAUACUAAAUCAAUAUUUGUGGAGGGCUGUCUUUUGCAUUUCUCUCACGCCAGAACAUGCUCUUCCCUGAGGUUUUGACAUAGGACAAAUGUGCAGCUGAACAUUUUGAUACAACAUUGUGUGAUAGAGUGAGUUCUGACAAGACUAUGAAUCUAUUGGAAUUGGAGAUUGGAAUAAACCAUUUAAUAGGCCUUAACUAUGCUGUGAAGCUUUGAAUAAUAUGGAAGGAUGUCAGAGGUGUGGAGGCAUGUGCUACAGCCAUCAGCCAUCUCCAAAUCAGGCUGCUGAUCUCCCCGCUUAUUUUAGCUCCAGCUGCAAACUGGGAAUUAGGGAAUUACAGAUUAGACACGUAUGUGGAGAGCUAUUUUGUGCCUGAAGGAGUGAUAUUGCAGAUUAUUAACUUGCUUUCUUUUUUACCAGUUUUAAUGAACAAAUUUAUAUAAAUCACGAAAACCAAAACCUUUUUAAAAAAGAAAAAUAUGCCUGUGCUCUAUAAACCAGGUGACUACUUUAUGUUUGUAAUUUUGUACUCUUCUUAAAUGCAAUAGGUAUGCAGAAUUUUUAUACAGAUUAUUCAUACAGCUUUUUAAAUAUGAAGUCCAUCUACAGAAAUUAAAUAGCAUUUGGAAGAUGCAUUUUACCCAGUCAAUAAUCAGAAGGAAUUAAACCUACGAAUUUUGCAGCAACAUCUCCAAAUACUGAGUGCCAUGUAACUCAAGCCCGUCUUUUGAGCAAACCCUACAGAUUCACAAGAUUAUUCAGACUGGAAAAGACCUUUACAAUUAUCAAGUCUAACCAUUAACCUGACACUGCCAAGUCCACAACUAAACCAUGUCCCUGAGUGCCACAUCUACAUGUCUUAAAUACCUCUCUCUGAGCCCAGCCAUCCAGCCAGUUUUUUAUCUAGCCAGCAGUAGGUCUGCCCAAGCUGUGAGCAGAUCAGCACCCAUUCAGCCCCAGGGACUUGAGUCUAAGUGGUGUAGCAGGUCAUGGACCAUUUCCCCUUGGAUUGUGAGGGCUUCAUUCUGCUCCCUUCCCAUCUCCCAGGUCAGGGGCUUGGUUCUCAGAGAACAGCUGGUCUUACUACUAAAGACUGAGGCAAAAAAGGCAUUGAGUACCUCAGCCCUUUCCUCAUUUUUGUCUGUGUGUUUUCUACCACAUCCAAUAAAAGAUCUCUCUUCUUGAGCUGAAUGCCCCUUUUUCAAAGGUCAUCAACUCUCCUUUUCUACCUGAGUUCCAGCCAAAGCUUUCUGUUCAGCCAGGCUGGUCUUCUCCUUUGAAUAUUUCCAGGGAUGGAGACUCCACAACCUCUCUGGGCCACCUGUGCCACUGCUCAGUCAUCCUCACAGUGAAAAAGUGUUUCAGUUUCUGCCCACUGCCUCUGGUCCUGUCACUGCAUAAUAUACCAAACUUUCAGUUAAAACCAACUUUCGUCAAAAAAUACUGUUUCAAGGAAAAAUUUUAGUGAAGUACUCAGAAUUUCCCUGUGGAAAAUGAGUCAGAUUGGACAGUUGGCUCCAUUCAUGCUUGGAGCUUUUGAUUUUAACUUUCAACUGGACCUUUCUCAUUUGCAAUCGUGUUCAAAUGAGAGAUGCCAUUUUUAUUCCCUCAUCGGUGAUCACAGCACCAGUGUGCCUUAAAUACCUUUCCAGACGUGGUGUUAGAGGGCUGGGGCAGAUAAGGAGGCAUCCUGUGAUAAAGGAGGGGAAAUGCAGCACAAAGUGGACCAUUUCAGGUAAUUAUUUGGUCUUAAGGAAGCUCUUUGAGAGCUAAAGAGACUAGCAAACAAACUUAUUGUCAUAUUUUGAGCAGUGGCAGAGCUUAAGGCUGAUUUUCAGAAGUACUAAACUUAUGCACCUUAUUUGAUACCUAGGGACUCUCCAAGUUGUUUCUUUCUACAUCAGUUGGCAUCAUUUCCUAAAGGGGAGUUAGCCCUCAGUGUCAUAAAGAGUUUAUAUUCCUGCCUUUAAAAUAACAAUUAAAAAACCUGCUACAUCAGCAAAGCCUAUGUGCCUAUGGCUUGUGCUCCUCCCAUAAUAAAAUCCUAAUCAAUCCAGAGUGUGUUUCUGUGUAACCUUUUUUGUUCAGCUGACAAAUGUGCUUGGAAACCAGUCUUCCACUUGUCUCCAUUUUCUGGGAGACAUCACAGAUCAUUCUGGGCACACAUGGACUGAGUUCCUUUCGGCUCAAACUGACCCAGAAGGCAGCUUUUAGAUAUGCUCUUAAUGGUCACUGACAGGCCCUUAGUCUGCUGAAACCAGAGCUGGGCUGAAGAGAGUGGUGAGCUCUGCAGGGGCAUCACCUAGCCAACAUUAACAGUUUGCUCCAGUGAUUUGCUUCUGAAAUGCCAUGCUCCUUGCUAAUGUAGCUGUAACAUUUCAUUUCGGAAGACAUUACAUCAGGAAUUCAGUUCAGUUUGCCAUGUGCUCAGUGUUAUUCACAGCACUCUGAAUCAGAGAAAGAAGAGGGAAACCAACACAGUGCCUAAUAAUUGCAUUCUAAUAGUUUGAUUUAAGCUGUGCAGCUUCUGAAGCCUCUACCUCCAGCUGCUGAAAUGUGUUCUGCUUGUAUGCCGGAAGCUCUGUGGAGGCUUAAGAACAAAAUGCUGGGGGCCAGUUGCCAACAUAUGAGUAUUUGUAAUUUCUUUUUUAGCCUUUGUCACUUUAAUUAAAAAUCUGUUUGAAGGGAAAAUCAGCAUUUGUUUUAAACUCUGACUCCAUUUUACCUUUUUUCUACACUUGAUAUGUAGAUCAGACUCCUACUUUGUACAGAUCUGUUGAAGUCAGGGUGAAUUUGGACCAGUGACCAUUUCAUUGCCUUAACAAGCACCAUAAAUUACAGACUAUCACCACUGUUUUAGACUCUGUGUAUGUCAAUAAAUUCAGAAUGUAAGAGUGUAUUUUUUAUUUUUUCUAAGAAUGUUUGCAAUUAGUUUCUGAAUAUUAAGAUUUCUUUAUAUUUAUUGUCAUUAAAUAAAGUCUA